GUCAGAACUUCAUAAAUUUCAGCAAAAUGAAAUAGGAUUACCAAACACAUGCUAUAUGGGGUUAAUUUUUACUACGUAUUUUUUAUUAUCAAUCCAGCACACAUAUGCUCGACAAAGUCAUUACACCAUAAAAGACACUUAACCCGCUACUAAACUGAAAUUAAAGAUUCAGGGAACGAUGGACCGGCCAGAUAAAUCACAGUCAGGUACCGACCGGCCGGCUAGAUUAUGAAAAGACAUAAUAAGCUACAACCUUUCCCAUUAUUCGAUCAACUGCUUCCUAAAGCUCAAUUACUGGUGGCAGAAAAUGACUUUCAGCUCACGCGGCGCCGAACACGCGUGCGUCAGCGACGGCACGUCGUGCGCGUACGUGUACGUCGCCGGGCAAGCCUUCUUGAAGAACUCCGAGUGGCUCGACGGCCGGCACGUCUGCGGGCUGUUGAAAUGGUUCCUGCAGCAGAGCUCGUCCGUCUUGAACGCUUCGCACCCACUCUUGCAGGCCACCACCGGCCCGUGACCGCCCUGGGACCGGAAGUGAAGCUCCGGCGGGCAAGACUCGACGAGAUUCGCCCGGCAGCCGACCACCGGACAGUUGCCUUUCCCUUCGUGGGGGGUGACCGUCAGGGGGAGGUUGAAGCCGUCGACGAGGCUGACAGAGUAGGAGGAGAAGUCACUGUUUCCGUGGUGGAGAUCCAGCUGGACGAGAGUCGCCGGAAGGGCGCCGCCGGCGCCGUUGCACUCCAACCGGCCGCCGCAGUCCCCGGUGUCGCAUGAGAAGUGGCCGCCGGCGUCUGAGCAGCCGGUUCGAGCCCAGAUUCGGCCGGCCCAGUGGGUGUCAGGUGCGUUGAAGGAGCGGUGAGUGAAGGUGGGGAGAGCGAAGCCGCCGCUCUCGAGAACUGGGUAGCCGCCGUUCGGCAGGAUUGCCGGCCAGACGGUGUAGGGGCAGUUGUUGACGACAGUGAGAAAGAGGGCAGUGGUGGUGGUUAUAGAGAAGGAACAGAGGGUUAGAAGGAGAGAGAGUGAGAGUAUGGUGGUCGGAGCUGCCAUUUCCGGCGGAGAAGAGUAAUCGUUUAAUUUGCUUAACUAGGUAGGUUCUCUAGAAUAUUGUAUCGGCGGUAAUGAUUUUAUAGGAGAACGGGAUUGAAUUUGAAGGACCAAAACGGCAAAACCUAAUCGGGAAGUAUAGUGAGGGUAGU